AGUAGAAGGUGGAUAUUAGAGAAGAAGCUUGCUGAUGCUGACAUUUCGGAGGAAGAGCAGAACAAUCUCAUGAAGGACUUAGAGAAAAAGGAAACUGAAUUGAUGCGUCUCCACAGACAUAAAAUGGGAGUUGAAGAUUUUGAGCUACUUACAAUUAUUGGACGAGGGGCUUUUGGAGAGGUGAGACUUUGUAGGGAGAAGACUACAGGAAAUGUGUAUGCAAUGAAAAAGCUUGAGAAAUCUGAAAUGCUUCGUAGGGGUCAGGUCGAACAUGUAAAAGCUGAAAGGAACCUUCUUGCGGAGGUUGAUAGUGAUUGCAUAGUCAAGCUUUACUGUUCUUUCCAGGAUGAAGAGUUUUUGUAUCUUAUCAUGGAAUAUCUUCCUGGUGGGGACAUGAUGACUUUGCUAAUGCGCAAAGAUACAUUGACAGAAGAAGAGGCUAAAUUUUAUGUUGGCCAAACAGUUUUAGCAAUCGAAUCAAUUCACAAACAUAAUUACAUUCAUAGGGAUAUUAAGCCCGAUAACUUACUGCUUGACAGAGCUGGCCAUAUGAAACUGUCAGAUUUUGGACUUUGCAAGCCUUUAGACUGCAGCAACUUCCCUAAUUUUAGCGAACCUGACUAUACAUCCGGGUCAAACUCCAAUUCAAUUUUAGACGGUGACAAGACUUUGAACCGCAUACCUGUUGCACAGAGAACCCAACAGGAGCAGUUGUUGCACUGGCAAAAGAACAGGAGAAUGUUGGCUUACUCAACUGUUGGUACUCCUGAUUACAUUGCUCCAGAAGUGCUGUUGAAGAAAGGAUAUGGCAUGGAGUGUGAUUGGUGGUCGCUUGGUGCAAUUAUGUAUGAAAUGCUUGUGGGCUACCCUCCCUUCUAUUCUGAAGAACCAAUGUCAACCUGCAGAAAGAUAGUUAAUUGGAAAACUCACUUAAAAUUUCCUGUGGAGGCAAAGCUGUCCCCUCAAGCUAAAGAUCUAAUUACCAAGUUGCUUUGCAAUGUGGAGAAGAGACUAGGAACAAGAGGAGCUCAUGAAAUAAAGGCACAUGCUUGGUUUAAGGAUGUUAACUGGGACCGGCUUUAUAUGAUGGAAGCUGCCUUUAAGCCGGAGGUUAAGGAUGAGUUGGAUACUCAGAACUUUGAGAAAUUUGAAGAGACGACAGUUUCAUUGCAAACUUCUUCAAAGUCCGGUCCUUGGAGAAAGAUGCUUCCAUCCAAGGAUGUGAAUUUCGUGGGCUAUACCUACAAAAACUAUGAUAUUGUUAAUGAUUAUGAACUUCCUGGCAUCGCAGAGUUGAAGAAAAAGAGUAACAAACCGAAGAGACCCUCAAUCAAAACCUUAUUUGAAACAGAAUCUCCCACUAGCCAGCCUAUCCAUGGGAGCUUUCUAAAUCUUCUACCUCCACAGCUGGAGGUUUCUGAGAGCCCAGAGGCAUCACCCUCGCGGACUUCACCCUAAAUUCUGGCAAGCCAUUAUGCUUCCAACCCCAAUCUCGACUAAGAUAACAAAUAUUCUUUUACGUGUUCAUAAUCAUAGUAAAAGUUUAUGAGUGUUGACACAGGAAAAUAAAACAAUGGCGGAUUCCAUCAUCCUUCCAGGAGUCCUGUUCAUUAGAGUAUGUACUCCUCUCUCUUUAUAAUAAUUAAAAGAGGGGUAUCAGCUUUUUAUUAGUUUGGCCUUUACGCUGUACUCUGUUUGGUGACUUCAUUUUCUUCAAGCUGGAAUACAUAAAACUGCUGCAAAAUAUCUCUACUUACAAUUUUGUUAAUCAAACAUGAGCAAUUCUGUUCUACUUAAAA